GUGAGAGACCAUCCGGGGGGCAAACCCCUAUGCCUGCCAGUCCUCCCACAUCCAUGAGGUUGUGACAUCAGGCGACCAACAGGCAGUGAUUGGCUUGUUGGCCAAGAUGGCAGUGGACCGUUCUCUUACUUCUUCCCUCUCAGAUGCCCGUGAUGCCCUGGUCAAUGCCUGCGUUGAUGCUCUCACCGCCUUCAAGAUGGGACUCUCCAACCCAGCACAUGGGGCCCUGGAGGUUUGCCCCAACCUGAGCCUUCUGCCACUCUUCACAUUAGCACUAUUUUAAAUCGAUUGCUUUGCGGUCAGGGACAAGCACAAAACUGGAUGAUCGGCUGUAUGAGAUGUGCGAGCUAAAGUCGCUGCCAUUGCGCCACCUCAUGACCAAGUUGUACCCAGAUCUAUACGCGAUCCAUGCGCUGUCCGAUAAAGGUGCCCUCAACAUUGAUGAUCAGGUGAUACCUCAGCCUGGACGCCUGCAUCUAACUGCAGAACGUCUAGAUCGAACUGGAGCCUAUCUGAUGGAUGCAGGAAGCAGCAUUUAUAUCUAUGUGCGGUCAAUGGUGUCCUCAGAGUGGGUGGAAGCAACCCUUGGUGUCCCUAGCUACGCAGCCAUUCCACAGCCACUCUAUGACGAUGCUCUUCCUGUUCUAGACACUAGCCAGUCACACCUCCUCCACAACUUCAUCUCGCACCUUCAGAGGGGCAAGCCCUAUCCUGCGCCGGUCUUGAUCCUCAAAGAGGACAACCCAGCGCGCAUGCUCUUCAUCCAGAGGCUUGUUGACGACCGAUCUGAGGGCUGCCACUCGUAUGUAGAGUUCCUCCAGUAUCUAAAGAAAAAUGUUAAAUAGUCAUCUUCUUUUAUGUUAUUAAAUGUUUAGGAUGUUAAAAUAUAAAAGGAAAGUGCAAAAGAACAGGAGGAAACUCAUUUUAAAACACAGUUGUGAUGAAUGGAUUAGUACGUUUCUAAGAGGCAUCUCCGAUGUCUUUGUGUUGGUCCCUCAGGGUUUGUCAAUUCCACAGGAGAAGUGCCCAUUUCACCAUCAUCAAGGCUUGCAGACCACUUGAGCAUAAGACUUAGAAUUCAGAAUUAGGUUUUGGUGUCAUCAAAGAGCCUUAGUCAUUUAGGGUCUCGAUCUUCUUCGAGAGAUCACUUUUGUUUUUUAAAAAAGGAAAACUAUCAUGUACUGUCCAAUUUAAGUAGCUUUUUGUAUGGAUUUAAUAAUAGUUGUGUUUUUUGCAUAUUUUAUAUCGUGUAGGGUGACAGUUUUAAGAGAAUAUGAAUGAAGUAAAAUAAAAGUUUUGCUGAAUGAGUCAGUGCAUUUGUGGCAAUAAUUUUGUGGCAAGAUUAUCCCUGGCAAGGUUUCCUUUCGUGACCUGAGAAAUCAUUGCUGAGGGAGGUCAGGUGUCCGAACCAGAUAUGGGGUGUGUUAUGCCCUAUAGCAGUGCUGGAAGGGUUU